ACUCAGGCGACAGUGCCCUCGGACAAGCGGCGCAAGGAAGAUGUUCCGGCUGUGGUCGCAGCCUUGACACGCACUUCAUCCUUCGCAGCCGCCAACUCGCACAAUAGCUUUCUGCGAGCUAGCGCCAUGAGCAGCGUGCCGUACGCGCGUCGCGGCAGCGCCGGCAGCCGCCGAGGAUACGUCAUGGGUCUGCUGAGACGUCGGCUGCCGAUUCUCGGCUGGCUACCCACCUACGACUCCGACAAAUUUUUCAGCGAUGCCAUCGCUGGGAUCACCGUCGGCUUGACGGUCAUGCCGCAAGGACUGGCCUACGCUACGUUGGCUGGGCUCGAGCCUCAGUACGGGCUCUACUCGGCGUUCAUCGGUGCCAUGAUCUACGUGGUAUUCGGCUCGUGCAAGGACAUCACCAUUGGUCCCACUGCCCUCAUGGCUCUGAUGACCAACCAAUACGUCCAGGGACGCAGCGUCGACUUUGCCAUCCUUUUGGCAUUCCUCACUGGAUGCAUGCAGCUACUCAUGGCCGCGCUCAGACUUGGUGUACUGGUGGACUUCAUCUCGAUUCCGGUGACGGUGGGCUUCACCUCGGCUACCUCGGUCAUCAUCGUCGCCUCGCAACUCAAGGGCUUGCUAGGUCUGCGCAUCUCGUCCACUGGUUUCAUGGAUACGCUCAAGCAGGUGUUGGCUCAUAUCCACGAGACGAGUCCUUGCGAUGCCGGUAUGAGCUUCACUUGCAUCGUCGUUCUUCUACUCUUCAGGAGGUUGAAAGACGUGAGCUUUUGUAGUCCCGGUGAGAAACCAACCAAGAGGCAGAGGAUAUUGGCCAAAGCAAUUUGGUUGAUAUCUACGGCGCGAAACGCCAUCGUCGUCGUCGUUUGCUCUACCAUCGCUUACAAACUCGAAAGGUCUUACGCGUCUUCACCCUUCGUACUCACGGGCCAGGUCAGGCCAGGGUUGCCUACCUUCAGCUUGCCCCCCUUCUCUACUCUGGUGAACAAUCGCACUCUCAGUUUCAUGGAAAUGUGCAGCGAAUUGGGGCCAUCAAUACUCUUAGUGCCGAUAAUUGGAGUCCUCGGCAACGUUGCCAUCGCCAAGGCCUUUGCUAGUGGCAACCAGGUUGACGCCACGCAGGAACUUAUUACUCUUGGUAUCUGUAACGUUAUUGGCUCAUGUGCUAGCUCGAUGCCCGUCACUGGCUCGUUUAGUCGAUCCGCAGUUAAUCACGCUAGCGGAGUCAAAACCCCUAUGGGAGGAUUGUAUACGGGAUUGCUGAUUUUGCUCGCGUUGACGUUGUUGACGCCAUAUUUUUAUUUUAUUCCUAAAGCGUCUUUGGCGGCUGUUAUCAUUUGUGCUGUGAUUUACAUGAUCGAGUACGAAGUUGUGAAACUUAUGUGGCGCUCAAGUAAAAAGGAUUUGAUCCCUACUUUCGCUACUUUCUUAUUAUGUCUAGUUAUUGGAGUCGAAUAUGGAAUUGUUGCUGGUGUUGGAAUUAAUUUGAUCUUUUUACUUUAUCCGUCGGCUCGUCCUCAAGUUCACGUUGAAAAAUAUUACACUGAUUCGGACGCAGAGUAUUUGUUAGUAACACCUGGUAAUAGCUUAUACUUCCCAGCCGUGGACUUUAUUAAGCAAUCUGUUGGUAAUGUUGGUAUCACCGAAGGUUCAAGUCAAAUCCCAGUAGUUGUAGAUUGCCGAUAUGUUUUAGGAGCUGAUUUCACUGCCGCGAAGGGAAUUGCCGCUUUAAUAAGCGAGUUUAAUAGUCGAAAGCAAGCCUUAUAUUUUUAUAAUCCACGAUCUGACGUCGUUGCCGUAUUAAAAGGAGCUUGUGGAGAUGAGUUCCAAUAUGUUUCAACACGAGAGGAGCUCACGUAUUUGUUACACAAUAUGAAAGUUAAAUCUUCGCACCAACUGCUGGAAAUUCGACGAGACAGAAGUGAGCCGUUAAUUUGCAACCCGGAACUUACUCACCGGAGCGUCCACUCAUCGAGUCAUGAACUGAGCGAAGUUAAAACGACGCUUCUCCAAGCUAGUGGUAGCUGAUAAGCAACGACAAUUAAUACUUUCGCUUUUACAUCGUUUUUCUUUCAAGUAUGUGCUCUCUCACUAUCCAAUAGUUACUCAAGUGCUCGGGCGCAACAGGAUUUUCAAACUAACUUUAUUUUGAAAAAGAGUAACUCGUACGUAGAAAAACGAAUCUGGAAUUCUAUCCUGUAAUAUAUUAUAUAAAGCUGGCGGAGGUUAUUCUUGCCCAAAAGCAAUGUGAAUUCUAGUUUUAAACCAGUUUUAAAGUACUGCGUUGUAUUGACAAGGCUGCGCCUAGGAAUUUUCUAAUUUUUUAUGAAAGUAUAUGAAUCUCGAAAAUAGACUGCUGAUAUUAGUUAUUUGAAUAUCUUGCGUUCAUAAAGUGGAGGCUUUAGUUCGACAUGAACGCUUGAUUUGUGUAUAUCCGUUCGAAGAAAAUCUCUUGUUGCUAAAUUUUUUCACGUAUGCUUUUAACUCAGUACUUACUUUUAAACAAUUUUUAAAGUAUUUUAGAGAAACUACAUCAUGACUGAUAAUUUUAAUGAUCAGUAUUUUUUUCAAACCAGUGAAAAAUUUACCAGUUUCUAUUGCCUUUAACAUUACGCACUUAAUUAAUUUUUAUUUAUUGACUGUUUUCGCACUUUUACAAAUGUUUGUUGUCUAGUUGAAGUAUUCUUCAAUUUCUAAAAACAAUAUAAGACUUGAGUAGAAAUGUCGCGAUUAAAAUAUGCGUAUCUAGUUAUAAAUGUUUAAGAAUAAAGCAAAAAUGAAAGCAUCGUAUUAAAGAAUAAUGUAAAGCAUAUAUAAAUACGUAUACACGAAUAAAAGAAAUA